AUGGACGAACAGCUAAUAGUGUUCGAGCAGUUUCUGCUUCCGCAGAAAGUUUUACAAUAUUCUGGAUUAGUUUACUUCAAGUUCCAGCGAAGAAAUGGACGCCUAACCAGCAAUUGUGCCAGCGCAUUUUACGUUUCAAUUAUUCUGGUGUCUAUUUAUUACGUUUUCAAUUGUUUCGAUUUGGUGUACUCUACAUGGGUUGGUAAACCCUCUAGUCAGAACAUUGCUAUUUUAUGUUUGACGACGUAUCUGUGUAUUCGGGGAUUGACACUCUUUUUUAAGCACGAUGAUAUUUUGACACUAUUCAACGAUCUAGACAGGAUAUAUCCCCGCGACAUGGCAACCCAGGCAGCAAUGGAAGUGUCCAAAGUCUAUAAGCAACAUGUUCAACGACACAAUAUCAUACAUUAUUUCAGUUUCACCACUCUGGCAAUGUUUUGUGUCAUGCCAGUAGUCCUGUACAUAUUUGACAAUGAGCGGACAGGGAUUAUCACCUUGGAACAACAGAUUGUUGGCGGCUGGUUUCCUUUUGGUAUUCGACAAAGCCAUGCUGCAUAUCCAUUAGUCUGCUUGUACGACUUCAAGGACGCCUUUGUUGGCUUAACAUUUUUUGCAACCUUUGAUGCAAUUUUUAACACCAUACAGGAGAAUAUUAUUAUGCAUCUGGACGAUUUGAACAGGCAAGUGAGAGCCCUUAAUGCCAGUGAUAGCAACUCUACAUCCUGCGAUGAAUUCUUCGAACACAUUCGAAGCUUGGUACGAAGGCACCAGCAUCUUAGGAAGCUGUGCCACAAAUUUAACGACUUCUGCAAAAUGUGCAUACUGUUGACUGACUUUGUAAGCGCACUUGCGCUCUGCUUUCAUCUUGUUAUGCUAACUGAAACGCAUAAUCUGAUGAUGAUUAUUAAGUAUUUGCUGCCCACCUUGGGCUUAGUUUUGUUCACCUUUGAUCAGUGUUGGCGAGGUACCCAGCUGGAGCAGGCAUCUCUUAAAUUUCAACAAGCUUUAUUCGCUCAUAACUGGUAUAUGGGUAGCAAGAAAUACCGAAAGUUCAUAAUUCUAUGGCUGACCCAAUCACAACGGACCAUGAAAAUAAGUGCCUACGGCUUGAUUGACGUCAAUAUGGUGCACUUUACUGAUAUUAUGCAACUGGCAUACAAACUCCUUGCCUUCCUGAAGUCGAGAUGA